AUGAAGGACAAGUCCAAGAAUGCUGCGAAGACACGAAGAGAAAAAGAAAAUGGAGAAUUUUAUGAACUGGCCAAACUGCUGCCGCUGCCCUCGGCCAUCACCUCUCAGCUGGACAAAGCGUCCAUCAUCAGACUGACCAGCAGCUACCUGAAGAUGCGAGCCGUGUUUCCAGACGGGCUCGGAGAGGCCUGGGGUCAGGCGGCACGGGUCAGUCCUCUGGACAUCACGGCCAAAGAUCUGGGGUCUCACCUGCUGCAGACGCUGGACGGGUUUGUGUUCGUCGUCGCGUCUGACGGUAAAAUCAUGUACAUCUCGGAAACAGCUUCGGUACACCUGGGCUUGUCACAGGUGGAACUGACCGGUAACAGCAUCUUUGAGUACAUUCAUCCAUCAGACCACGACGAGAUGAGCGCCGUGCUGAGCGCACACCAGCCUCUGCACCCACACUUCCUGCAGGAGCUGGAGCUCGAGCGCUCGUUCUUCCUGCGCAUGAAGUGUGUUCUGGCGAAGCGGAACGCAGGACUCACCUGCGGUGGUUAUAAGGUGAUCCACUGCAGCGGUUAUCUGAAGCUCCGUCAGCUGCUGAUGGACGUGUCUCUGUUUGAGUCCUGCUAUCAGAUCGUGGGGCUGCUGGCGGUCGGUCAGUCUCUUCCUCCCAGCAGCGUCACCGAGAUCAAACUCCACAGCAACAUGUUCAUGUUCCGCGCCAGUCUGGACCUCAAACUCAUCUUCCUGGACAGCAGGGUGGCCGAGUUAACAGGUUACGAGCCACAGGAUUUGAUUGAGAAGACUCUCUACCAUCACGUCCACGGCUGCGACGUCUUCCACCUGCGAUACGCACAUCAUUUACUGCUGGUGAAGGGGCAGGUCACCACCAAGUACUACCGGAUGCUGGCCAAACAGGGCGGCUGGGUUUGGGUGCAGAGCUGUGCAACCAUCGUUCACAACAGCCGCUCGUCUCGGCCGCACUGCAUCGUCAGCGUCAACUACGUCCUCACCGAUGUGGAAUAUAAACAGAUGCAGCUCUCUCAGGACCAGAGCAGAUCCAGACCGUGUCUCUCCUAUAAGACCUCGAGUCUGGCAGCUCCUCAGGACUCACGCAAACAGCUGAAAGCCAAAGCAGCCAAGAUCAAAAGCAAAGCCCCGUAUCCGCAGGUAAGAGCGCUCGCAGGCUCACCCGGGAACGGUUUCCAGACCUCGCUGCAUGCUGAUGAAGCGGAGUGUCCCUCGUGGAAGUCGAGUCCCUGCAGCCUGCCGUCCUGUCAGGAGCAGACCCAGGUCCCCGAGCCGUCCUACACACAGUCCUACGCACACACACCUGCGCAGACGCAGAUGCGCUCCGGCCGGCCGCACUGGAGCUGCAGCGGCGCAGAUAAAGCAGCGGCGCACUCCUGCGCAUACUCAGGUCCUGCGGGCGACGGCGCAUUCACAGCCCAGCUGCUGCAGGGCGGCUACAGACCCAGCGGGGCGUUUAAAGAGGAGCCGGGUCAGAACCACAGCAGCAGAGAGCAUCAGGCACUCCAGGGCUUCAGCCAGCAGACGCAGAGGCGCAGACUCUCGGAGCGGAGCCACACGGAGGACAAGAGACUCCUGGUGGCCCAGAGCCAAGUCUCUCUCAACCUCCACCACGUCUGGACCAAACACGUCCCAUCAGGACCCUACGCUCUCAGCCACUUAACGGAUGGGUACCGGGCUGAGGAGGUGCACCGGACCCAGAGCCCCGCCGGCCCUCAUUACAUCAGCACCUCCGUCAUCAUCAGCAAUGAGAGGUGA